AUGGCAACCACAAUGACUUCAGAUCAGCUCCAUGCAUGCAUCAUCAUGGACAUCACCAACAAUCAGGUGCCGACCAGAGUGGCAUCGAAAAGAUCCUUCACGAACGGCGAGACCACCGUCAUCAACCGUUACCAAGGCGACAUCAACACAUCGGUGAACAACUUGCAGAACUACGAAAAUGAGGCAGAGACACUUGCGAACAGCGUUGUCCUGGCAACCGAAGCCCUGCAAAAAACAACCGAUGAUUUUUUGACCCGGAAAAAAGACCUGGAGGGCGAACUCGAGCUGGAAAACGCACAGCUGGAAGAAUGCGAGCGCGAGUUAAGCGUCAUCGGCAGCGGCAACAAUGUAGUUCAAAAAGAGAACACACCCGUUAAGAAAAGACUGUCGAGAUAUUUGAAGACCGUUGUUUUGAUACUCAUAGGGGAUGCCAUCGCUGUCGCCCUGUCAUGGGCGAUCGUCCGGGAAUCGUUCGCCGUCUCCGAUAUUAUCAAGAGGAGUCUGUUUCUCGGGGCGAUUGGGGUCUUCGCCAUUAUUGAAGACGCCCUCUAUUUCAAAGAAGGAAAGAAGAUGUAUUUCUGGGCCUUCUCAUUUUCCCUAUUCAUGGCUUUUUGCUCGACUGUGGACAUGCUGGCCACCAGCUUGAUUUGGGCGCCGAAGUUAAGCGUCCAGGCUCCGUCGUUCAGCCUGGAUCAGGUCAGCGCCGUGGCCACAGACAGCGUCGGGAUCAAACAAGUACUGGCGAUGAAUCCCGGCCUUGUCGAAGCUAUGCUCACAUUCCUCACCUUUCUCAUUGUCCAUAUACGUAGCGGAUAUGCCGGGCCAAAGUCCCAGAACGUGUGCGGGGGGGAUUCCAGGUUGGAGCAGAUCAGGGAGGGGAAAGAAAGCGAGCUCUCCGCGAUAAGAGGGAAAAUCGACGACCUCCAGAACCAGAUGGCGGACAUCACCGCCAAGCAUCGGAACGACUUGGGGUUUAUCCAAGGCAAACUCGAACAAAUGAAAGGGGAACAAUUAGAGUUGUUGUCGAACACAGGACGGGAGAAAGAGAAAAUUGCGACUAUGAUUUGUGACAUCGUCCAGGACCUCUCCUUCUACAGGACCAGUUAUUUGCGUACGUAUUCGCGAAUGAAGGGUAAUUCCACAACCCCUGCUUACGACCUCGCCACGGCCGACGACGUCAAAGAAUACUUUAACAUUCAGCAAUAA